AUGGCUGUUAGCGAUAUGCGCGCGCACAUUGAGCGGGCUAUCGGUGCUCUUCCUUCUCCCGCGAGCAUAGACGACAUGCACACUCAGUUGGAUGGAGUGCUCACCUCGGCGUGUGAGCAGUUUUUCCCACGAGGUAGCGGUCGCGCCCAGCAACUAGCCAACAGUUACCCUACCCUUGCCGCCCUAGAUGCUGCCCUCCAAGUUGGGUUCAAGCAGCUCUGGCAGCUUCGUCGCUCCAUGCAGCAACACGCUGCGAACAGCCGUGGCACCAGCAACGCCAUGGUAUGGGCUCGCUAUUGCUUCACUGCCUGGGCCCAGCAGGCCAAGUACCACACAAUGAGCAAGCUUUUUCACAAACGCAGCCGGCGCCGCAAACAAGCACGGUGGAAUGACAUAGCUGAUAAGGUUAGCGCUGCCGACGAGAGAGGUGAUAGUCAUGCUAAGCAUGCGGCACUGAAGCAGUUGCAACCAUGGGCUAUCUUCGCUGUGCACGAUGAGACCGCUCCUGCUAGGCAUCUCACAGCUAAUGUCUCGCCCACAGAUGCGGAGCUUCACAAUGCUCUUGCACGGACGGGCCCCCACUGGGUCUGCCCGCUUCUUCGUGCUCUGCCGCAGUACGCGUACUCCGCCAAACACUCAUCCUUGGAUGCACUGCCUCGCGUCAACUCGCACUUCUGGCGGGUACAAGAACAGGUCCAAGGUACGCGCCUUUCAAUCUACCAGCGGAAGGCGGGCGUCGCGAAUCCACAGUGUUAUGGGGGUAUCACUCUCUCUGUGGACCUGAAGGGUGCAUUCAACGAAGUGCCCAGAAACCUCCUCUACCAGUGUCUUGAACAGUUAGGGGUGGACGAGGAUACAAUGAUCCUAGUCCGACAGUUGCACUGGGAAGCUACGUACUGGCUUCGCAAUGCCUCGGGUGGUGUCGGUGUCGUCACUUCCAAUGGCAUAAAACAAGGAUGCAGAGUCGCACCCACAUUGUGGAACUGCUACACGGUCACCCUUCUCCAGACGCUGUGCCAACAGCUGGGCAAUGAACAUUUGCGACAGUGUUUGACACUUUUUGCUGACGAUCUGAUAUCCACGAAGGAAUAUCGCUCCUGGGAAGAAGCGCUUGUCAGCAUACACUGUCUAAAGGUCGUUCUCACCACUCUUGAGCAAAUGGGAACGGUGAUCAAUUUCGACAAAACUGCUGUUCUGCUUUCUGCUAAUGGCACCUUAGCUCGCAAACUGCGCAGACACCUUACUGUCAAAGUGAAAGGCAAGCUCUGCGUCGUGCUUCGCGUAAGCGACAGGGAGGUGUGUAUCCCGCUCGUAGCGUCUCAUGUGUAUCUGGGCACUGUCAUUUCGUAUAAGCAGGCUGCAGACAAGACUGUCCGGCACCGCAUGCAAGUGGCGGGCCACAAGUGGCAAAAACUGAAGCGUGCGCUCCGUUGCAGACAUAUGCUCACGCGUGGCAAACGUACUCAAAUCUGGAGUGCAGGAGUGCGCUCAAGCAUGCUCUACGGUCUCGCGAGUGUCCAGUUUGGUGCGAACAGCAGGCAGGCACUUCGCAGCAAGGUUGCGAGACAGCUUCGUCACAUAGCCCAUCUCCCUGCGCAUGUCACGGGCAUCAACAAUCAAGAGCUGCAUGCCAUGAUGCGCGCUCUUGAUCCCGUCACCAUUGUUCGCGAAACUCUUGAGGCUCGCUUGAAGCAUCUAGAAGUAGUCGAACAAGAGACUCCUGAUGAUGUGGUGUGUUGUCCCUCAACUCUCGAGUAUGCUAGGGCUCUCUUGGAGUUCCACAAACAGCAUGAAAGCCAGGAGCACAACACAGCGCGCAUUGUCAUAGCAGAGCCCACUGUUGGAUUCGAGCACGCAUGUCCUGAAUGCGGGCUGUACUUUGCGAGUGCGAGCGCAGUCAAGCAACAUUGCACGCUGGCACAUGACAUCACUGCGGCGCCGAUGGAAAUGACACAUGCUGAGAUUGACGCACCUUCUGCAGUGACGGUCGCUUCCACUGCAGCCACUGAGGAUGCCUCGCAUCGGCGCUUCCUUGCGCAAAGCUGCGCGCUCUGUGGGCAGUGGGCCACGAAUGCCCGCCUGUCGGCACAAGACGUCCUGUUCCGUGCUGUACCAAGCAGCACUGUUGCACCUCGUACACAGGGCCUCCCCAAGUUGGCCAUGACGCUGGCAGACCGCAUGAGAGCCGAAGAGAUGGAGAUCUUUGGCAACACUUCACAGGGGCUGCUGUUCGGGCCGAAGCAGGAGGUGCUGACAGAGGAGUUCUCAACGGGGGGAGGCAAGCGCCGACGACAGCAGGAGCAGGGGGGAGGGAAGUCCAAGGGCAAGGGCAAGGGCGGCCUGAGGACCGGGGAGUCCUCCCUACGCGAGGCGGUGGAGUCACUAACGAGAGUCGUCAUGGCCCACGAGGACAGUCUCAACCACAGCAAGCUCGAUCGCGGGAUGGUCUUCUACAUGGGCACCGGCGAAGACAGCAUAGUGCGCAAGCUGUUUGCCAUCACACAGAAGGCGAAGGAAGUCCGACAGCAGGGGUCUGCCUCUCAGGCUCCGCUGAAAAUCCUACUCCUGAAGUCCAUGCUGGCGGCGAUCGACGAGCGCAUGACGGUUCUGGACAAGAAUCCGGAUGCCCUGGACAAGGCCACGAAAGCCCAGCUUCUGACGGAGCAGGGGUGGACCUUCAAGCGGUGGGAUCAUCAAGCCAAGCAGCUGGUGGUAGACGACACCAAAGUGCCGAUCAACGCACAGGACAUGCGCAAGAUUCUCCAAGAGAUCUUCGAGCUGAUUCACGAAGACACGAUCCUAAAGUUCGCGUCGCACCGAGGCCUCAAAGAGGACCAUGUCGACGACAAGACCGCUGUUUUCCUGAUGGAGAUCUCGGUCCGGGGCGAGAAGGCAGAUCGGCUCUUCUUUCUCUUUGCCCGGCUAGCACACAGCUCGGUGUGGCACACGCUGGGAAGCCAAAUGCGCCGCGCCACGCUACGCCGAAGCGGAUUGGCGCAGAGAGUCGCAAGGGACAUUUUCGGAUGGAGCUAG